UUCAGUAGUUGUGUUGAUUUUAUAAAAUCUCAAAAGUUAGAUCUACACAAAUCCAGAUAAAAUAUUUAAUAAGAAUUUAAUAAUUCCUUUAAUACAAAGUAUUGAAAAGAGGAGAGAUGAAAAAACUAAAUUAUAGUUGAAUAUAUAUUCUUAUCUGCAAUGAAUAUUUACCAAAAAGAAGACAACUAUGAACAUGUUGACAACUCUCUAAUUUAUUCAUCAACUAAUGUACCGGGACCAGGUUGUAAUAAAGAAGAGUUUGAUAGUUGUCCAAGUCAUAUGUGUAAAUGCAUUAAUUCAUGUUUGAUAUCAAGCUGUGAUUGUAUUGGGAUUUCUUAUAAUUAUGAUAAAUUUUUAAGUCUAAUAUCAUAUGAUAAAUUAAUAAAUGAAUGUAACGACUUUUGUAAUUGCAAAUUGUGCCAGAAUCGUGUAGUUCAGUUGGGACCAAGAAUUGGAUUAGGAAUUUCCCACUGUGAUAAAGGAUAUGGUUUGUUUACCAAUAAUCCUAUAAAAAAAGGUCAAUUUAUUUGUGAAUAUGCAGGUGAAAUAAUAGAUACAAUAGAAGCAAAGAAACGUGCCCAAUUUGACAAUAAAAAUUACAUUUUUGUAAUUAAUGAACAUUUUUCAAACUGUAUUAAAACUACUAUUAUUGACAAUACUUAUAUAGGUAAUAUUGGCCGUUACAUAAAUCACAGUUGUCAACCAAAUUGUGCUGUUAUUCCAGUGCGUGUUAACUCUUUUAUUCCAAGGUUAGCAAUUUUUUCUUUAAAAGAUAUUAAAAUAAAUGAAGAAAUAACUUACAAUUAUGGCAUUGAUAACAGUUUACCUAUUACUAAUACUUCUAAAACAAAAUGUUUAUGCAAGACUGAUGUUUGUAGAGGUUACUUACCUAGUAAAAUGGGACUCUUUUAAUUUGUUAUACUUGUUACAUAAUAAAAUGUCUUUUGAAAUGUAUUAUUCUUCUUUUUGACAUGUUUCAAUUAUUUAAAUAAGAAUUAUUUUAAUUACUUAUAGUCAAUGUAAAUAUUUGUAUUAAAGAAAAAUUAAAAUUUCAUAAAAAGAGAAUUACAUAAAUACACUCAGAAUAAUUUGUAAUUAUAAUAUAUGUAUGUAUUAAAUAUAAAUAAAUGAAUUUUAAGUAAAAUUGUUAAACUCAUGUUUUAUAUAAAAAAAUAUAUAUAUCUUUUUAUAUUCAAAUAUUUUAAGUAGAUAAUAUGUAUCAAUAAUAUACAUUUUUUUUUUUUUAGUUUAGUUUUGUAAAUUAAUUUUAAUUAACAUUUAUUUAAUGGUAACUUUAAACAGUAGUUUAAAUUCAUAUAAUUUAUUUUUUUAAUAUCUUUCCAAAAUCAUAUUUAUUUUAAUAAAAAUUACAUUAAUAGUAUUAGUAUUAUUUUCAAAACAAUGUAUUGUUAACUUAAUUAUUUUAUAAUAUUGUAUUGGAAUAUUUUUUGUAAUACUUUGUCAUAAUUGGAUGAAAAUAAUUUUUAAUACUUAUAUUAAAACUUUAGGAACCAAAAAAAAAAAAAAUCAUUUGACAUGCAAAG